AUGGUUGUUUUGAAUUCUCUGAAGAUCCUUUCUUCUGGGAUAAGGCACUCGCUUACAGUGCAGUACAGGCCAAGUGACCAGGUGAGAAAGGCCUUUAUCCUUCCUCAGAUUCUCUCCGUGCAUGUUGAGAUAUUCCCAAUAUCUGAAAUAAGUGUUUUCUCCAUGGCUGAGCCACUCUACUUCAUAGAUGGCUAUCUUAUUGCAGAAGAUGGCAAGGCAUGCAUCAAGCCAUGCACUGCGCAGGGAUUUGUGCUUCCAAACUACUCUAAGAUUCUGGCUGCAAAUGAAGAGCUUUCCAUGCAGAGUAUUGUUCAGUGUGUGAAUGAAAAUAUCCAUAUACUAGUUCAGAGCGCAAUUAAGAAGUCUGAGGUGCCUACGUUUAAUGUCAAGCAUCCUGUGUGCCUGCAGGUAGUGGUGUUUUUCAUAAAGAUAAACAGGCUGAAAGAGGCGAAGCAGUGCAUUCAGGAGAACAUGCCCACCACAUACUCUCUUACUGCAGUUCUUCCAUAUGUCAUCUAUGAAGUGCUUCUGACAGUGCUCGUGAGCCCUACAAGUAUAGUUGCAAUGGAUGGGAUUGCAUACAUCUCCACUGCCCUAGACCGAAUGGAAGACAGCGGGGAGGAGGACCGGGCUAUAAAUGCUGUGCUGGUUGGCCUCAGCCUGUCCAAAGCCAAGCGAACCCCAAGCAUUCUCAGCAUGUACACACAGGUGCGCUUAUCUCCGCAUAAGUCCAGCACUUUCUUCUACAUGCUGUCUCUGUACCUUGGCCCAGGAUAUGCCACAAAGUAUUCUCUAAUGGGCCUUUCUAUGGAAAGCAUCCAGUGCGGCAUGUGUACGCCCAACAAAAUAGAAAGCUCUAAAAAAACCCUUCAGUCGAUAAUCUCGCUUGAGAGUGAUCUGGUUCUGGAAAGAACGCCUUACGACCUUGUUCUGGACGAGUAUAUGCACUGCAAGGGUGCAAUGCCUGAUCCAGAAAUAACAAUUGAAACAGGCGUGGGUGAAUACACAACGCAGUGUAAAGACACUCUCUCUACUACAGAAACAAAAGCAGUCUACAAAAUAGAUGAGAGUGCGCAUCCCAGAAAAACAGAAACAUCAGAAAGCGAAGACAAAGAAGUUCGCGUAGAAGAAGUAUAUACAGAGGGUGAAAUGACUUUUGAGGUGCACCCAAGCGCGGUGCAGAUAACAGGAAUACUCAUCCACAGGCCUCCCUCGGAUACACAAGUCAUAUCAAGCAACCUUCUGUCUACAGCACAGAAGGAGAUGCAGAUUAUGCCGCCUCUAAGCUCUUCUGGGAACAAAUACAAGUUCUUUGUAAACACAACAUGCACACUGAAGGAAAUAUAUCUGAAGUACAAAGGUAGAACGUACAGCAAGGCAGUCAGCAUCGCAGUGGAAGUACUGACUAUUCCUAUGGACAAGAAAAUUGUUGCCCACCGGAUAUGCAUUGUCCCUGGAUACACAGCAGCAGAGAGCAAGGAAAAAAAAGUGAUAGAAGCCCACAUACAGAAGCUCAUAAAAACACCUUUUUCUGUUCUUUCUUUCAGCCCCCUAAGAAUACGGAUUCCCUUCACAUAUAAAGAGAAAAUGCUCUACAGAGAAAUGCAGCUCAACUGGGAGUAUGUUGAGAUGCUAAAAAUAACAGAGAAGGAAGAACUUCUUGAGGUGCAGGCGCUUCAAAGAGACAUGAGAAUACGGUACAAAAAUCGCACUGUUUCUAUAGAUGCACACCAGACGGAAGCUAUACCAAAGAACGCAGCCAAAAAGAUAUUUUGGGAGUUUAAUGAUCGGAGCAAGAGUGGCGAAAUACUCCUAUAG